AUGAGCACUAGUUUUGUUAUUGCGUGCGUUGGAAAGCCGUCGGCAGGCAAAUCGUCGUUUCUGAAUGCGGUGACUGAUGCGACGGCGAAGGUGGGCAAUUUCCCGUUCACGACGAUCGAGCCAAACCAGGGCAUCGCAUACUACCCGGUGGACUGUCCGUGCAAAAAGUACAACAAGGCAGACCGGUGCAAGCCGCGGCAUGGGUGGUGCAAGGACGGCAAGCGGUUUGACGUGGCGGGGCUCGUGCCUGGCGCGUCAGAGGGCAAGGGCCUGGGCAACCAGUUCCUGGACGAUCUGCGGCAUGCUGAUGUUCUGAUCCAUGUGGUGGAUGCAUCGGGAACCACAGACUCGAACGGCAAGGAAACGAAGGGAUACGAUCCCAUUGACGAUAUCCAGUGGUUGCGUAGCGAGGUGCAUUCGUGGAUCUACAACAACCUGCACAAAAAAUGGGCAGGGACUGCGACGGCGGUGGAGACGCUUCAUGCGCAGCUAGCAGGAUACGGGACAUCCAAGGACAUAGUGCAGCGCACGAUGGACAAGCUGAAGAUCAAGGAGGGCCUGGGGCAGUGGGAUGACGAGCAGCUGGAGAAGUUUGUGUCAGGGUUCCUUGACGAGCGGUUCCCGACGAUUGUGGCUCUGAACAAGAUCGACAUGCCUGAUGCGGACAAGGGAAUAGCGUCGAUUCUGCGGCGCUACGGCAACAGUGGGGCGCGCGGACAGCCGGUGAAGGACGGGGUGCGCGGGGACAACAUCGUGCUGACGUCAGCACUGGGCGAGUGCUUUUUGCGCAAGAUGGCGCAGCAAAAGUACAUCAGGUAUGAGACGGGCGACGACGACUUUAUCACCAAAGAGGAUGAUGCUGACGACGAGUACAAGCUCAAGCCCACCGACGAGAAGGCGAAGCGGCGACUGGAGAACAUCCGCGACCUGGUGCUGUUCCGGUACGGCUCGUCGGGAGUGCAGGAUGUGAUUAUCCGUGCGGUGGAGGUGCUGGGCAUUGUGCCCGUGUUCCCGGCAGACGGCUCCAGCGCGGCUUUCCAGGACUGCGUGCUGGUACGGCCGGGCAUGACAGUGCGCGAGUUCGCUGGCAAGCUGCACAACCAGCUCACGCAGAACUACCUCGGAGCUGAGACAGUCGGCAAUAUCCAGCUGGGCGAAGACGAUGUCAUUGUGGCCGGCAAGAACAACAUCAUAAAGUACGACACGAGCGGGCUCCCGACUGACUAA